AUGUUCAACAAAUUCACCUUUCUGAAGGGUUCCGGUGCCGCCGUCGUGCUUUGUCCUGGCGGUGGAACCAUCGGAGUGAUGGGUGGACCCGGCAGUUCCGGUGCCACCGGGUCCAGUGCCGUCGGUGAAAAGCUACGAUCGCGCAAAAUGAGCAUACUGCUUCCGCCGGUGAAACUUCUCAGCAAGCGACGGUGCUAUUUAUGUCUCAAGAUUGCCGUGCUAGUCACCGUGUUCGUGCUAUACUUUAUGCUGCUACUUCGCGAAUCGAUGAGUGCCCUAACGGCGUCAUCGUCGUCGUCCGGGUCCACCUCACCGUUUGCGUCCUCAUCAUCGUCAUCAUCGAUGCCAUCCUUUGCCGCACUCUCGUCACGCGGUGGCGGCGGAACGGGGAAAAAACCUGCCGGCAGCAAGCUGAAUCCGAUGCAGGACAAGCGGCACGAGCGGGAAAAGCACGGUAACGCUAUCGGCGGCACGGAAGGACGUCUAGCCCGGCCACCGAAAGCUGCCUCGGUUGGCAAACAGCACCGGCGUCAGUUUCCACCACUGCUGCACCACUCACCACCGGCAGGGAGCGACGUACUUGGCAGCAAUCACUCUACCCUUAACCCGGUCUACGAGUAUUCGGACGAAAUGAACGCCGCGGCCGAGACGGACUUUAAUGAGCGGCGCAUGAUGUUGUGGAACGUGUGCGCCGAGCAUCGGAUCAUCGGCAAAUAUCCGCUGAAUGCGUGGGAAUUUUUCAUCUCUCCCGGCCACGGUAUCGCGUGGUGCAACAUCUUCAAAGCAGCUAGCAGCACUUGGAUGUACUACUUCAACAUACUUGGAGGAUACAGCGUGCAGUACCUGCAGCGGACGAAAGCUUCCCCGAUCGAUCUGGCCCGGAAACGCUUCCCGCGACCCACCGCAAACGAGCUGAACGAUUACAUCUCCAACACGAUAUCGUUCCUCAUCGUACGAGAGCCUUUCGAGCGGUUGCUCUCGGCCUACCGGAACAAGCUGGAAGGAUGUCGCAAUAAGUACUACAAACUGCUGGGCGAACAGAUCGUCAAGAAGUUCCGCAAAUCCCAUCCAGUGAAGGGAGUGAAACCUCCGCACGGACCGACGUUCCGUGAAUUUCUAGAGUUUCUCGUAAGCCAUUAUCGGUCGGGUGGUCGUUUCGAUGAGCACUGGAGCCCUGUGUACUCGUUCUGUACGCCCUGUAGCAUCAACUUUACGCUCAUUGCCAAAAUGGAAACGUUCCAGCGGGACAGCGAGUACAUUAUUCGGCAGGCCGGGCUCGAGACGCUGCUGCUGAACAAGAUGCCCCGCUACAAAGCCCGUUGGAUAACGAACCGAUCUACUAGCGACACUCGAAAUCUUAUUCCACGGUACUUCGCACAAAUCGACGAAAAGCUGCUAACGGACGUCCUGGAGAUCUACCAGCUGGACUUUGAGCUGUUCGGUUACAACAGUACCAAGUACUACAGCUACGUGCAAUCGCCCGAUUACACAUAGAAGCCGCCGACCGACAGGGGACUAGGCACGAUUGAUAGGCAAAUUGAGGACGAAAGAGUCUAAUAACAAAAAAGGUGGCAAUACCAAACAAUACCACCACAGAGCCCACACAGAGGCUACCGAGAAGGUGCAGGAGCAUUUAGAGAAUUGUUUUAGGAUUCACCGUGAUGAAUGUUUUCCUUAUACAAAAAAAAGUAUACACAGAUAUAUACAUUUCGUCAUUCUGCGACACGCAAACGAAAACGAAACGGAUCCCGUGGGCGUAUCUUAAUCUAGAGUUCGUGUAAUGCUAUUUUUUAUACACAGAUCAACCGAC